ACGAAAUCUUACACGAAGUUGGUGAAAAUGGAAAAUAUCAAAACUUGAUGCUUUGGUUUGUAUUCCUCCCGGCACAUUUAACCUUCGGAUGCCAUGCAUUUAGUCAACUGUUCAUGACCUGGACCCCAGACCAUUGGUGCCAAAUCCCAGAACUGGCUUUUGCGAACUUAAGUGAUCAUCUCAUUCGUCAUCUGACCAUUCCACCAGAUAAAACUACCAGCACUGGUUACAGCCGCUGCUUUAUGUACAAACUGGAUUAUAGUAUCCAUACACAACACAAUACUAUUAUUCUGAAAGAACCUAAUACAAAUUGGACGAAUGUGACUUGUCACAGUGGAUGGAUAUAUAACACAACAAGUAAUUGGGACAGAGAUACUGUUGUCACAAAGUGGGACCUAGUGUGCUCGAAGAAAUGGCUUCCAGUUAUUGUCUUAACCGCUUUUAAUGCUUCGGGGCUGUUUGGACAGUGUGCUUGUCUACUCAUUGCAAAAAAGUUUGGUAAACGUGUCCUUUUCUUCAGUGCACUUCUGAUGCAGAGUGCGAGUGGAGUGGCAACAGCAUUUUCACCCAAUUUCAUUUGUUUUGCCAUAUUCAGAUGUCUGGCUGGACUUGCCAUUCAUGGAGUUCUAAUUGCUCCGACAACUCUUGCUCAUGAGCUAAAUGGAUGGAAAUUCCACUCCAGAGUCAGCCUUCUGUGUUCAGCUGCUCGAAGCAUCGGCAUGGUGCUACUCGCAGGAAUUGUUCUUUUUGUAGGUGACUGGUCCAAUUUAGCUCUGGCAAGCUCUAUUCCUUUCCUUGCAUUCUUUCUAUACAGUUGGGUUUUUCCAGAAUCCCCUAAAUGGCUACUGUCUACUGGUCGGUACGAGGAAACCGGAAGACUUCUGAGGAAUAUUGCCACAACCAAUGGAAGAGGACUAUCACCUGAUUAUGUGGUGAAUCUGAAGAGAAGAUUUCGAGUGGAACUAGCUUUGCAAGAGGAUAAGGAAAGAGAUACAGGAGGCCAUACUCUUUGUGAUCUCCUGAGCACAGUUAACAUGAGGAAGAAAAUUAUCCUUCUCAUCUUCAUUUCAUCAUUUUCAUCUACUGCAUGUCUCGGUCUCACCUACUAUUCAGUGUUCAUGCCAUCCGAAAUCAGUAUACAACUAUGUUUCUCUCUGUGCGCCGCUGCAGAGAUUGUAGCACUAAUUUUUGCAACAAUGGCGCUCCAAUGCAUGGGCCGGCGCUGUUCGACCUUCCUUUUCGGUGCCUUAAGUGGAAUGGUGUGCCUUCUACAAGCUUUUUCUACACCUUACAUUGGUUGGAAAUUAUCUUUGGUCCUCUACACAGCAGCAAAGUGUUUUGCUCACAUUUCUAACGUCAUACUGCCACUGUGGACUAGAGAACAACUGCCUGUAGUAACAAGAGAAAAAGGAUAUUACUUCAUAGACACUCUCAGCUUAGUCGGUCCCAUCAGUGUACCUAUUAUCAUAUAUCAGGCUGAAGAUUACCCAUUUCUCCCAAUGAGUAUUUUCGGAAGUCUAUUGCUUUUAAGCGCAAUAUUCAGCAUAGGAUUGCCAGAUACGAGAUAUCUAAAGAAUUUGCAAACCCUCCAUGAUGCUGAAAUGUUUGGCAAAUAUUGGAAAUGGAAGGAUUAUUUUACUUCUGGACCAAAGAAGGCCGACCACAAGAACGGAAUUCUAAAAAGCAUGGAAAAGAAGCCACAGUCACCCAUCCUGGGGUUGCUACGAAAGAGAGACAGCUUUCAUCUAGCUAAUGCCGAAGGAGAAAUAGAAGUUUUAGAAUGCAAUUUCGAAUCGUCUGUUUUAGAAGAAUCAGCAGUCAAAGUCACAGUGUUAUGAAGAAAAUCGAAAACAAUU